AUGUGCACAUACUUAGUGGUCUUGUUGUUGUUCUACACUGGUGAUGCGACUAACCCGUACAAGAGUAAUGACGAAGUAAGUGGACGCGGUAAUUGGGUUACCGUAACUCGGUUGGGGGAGGGGGGAUUGUUUUAUGUUUUACACGAUUUAAGAAAGUGUACUUUUUGGAAAACAUAGGAUGUGUACUAUUAUACUCUGUAAGAUAAAUUUAUUUAAUUUGGGCAGCAUUUUUAUACUUUUAUGUAAAUAAAAUCCAUUUCAGGAGCUGAUAAAUCUAUAUGAACGCAAGAAAUGGGCGAAAGAUUACGAUGAUAUCCGACUGUUAAUAGGCUCGUUUUGGGAGCCGUCGGCGGCUUCUAUCAACAAACACCAUAGCUAUAAUGAAAUGACACAAUUUUUAAAGGUAUUUCCAAUUUUUUGAAAUUUUUUGAUCAAUCUAGAAAGUAAAUACACCAUAAAUGUGCUAUAACAUCAUUUUUCAGAACUUAUCUACCAGGUUUCCUCGAAUAUCAACCUUAAACUCGAUAGGAAGAAGCAUAGAAGGUCGAGAGCUGUGGGUCUUGACCAUCGGCCGAAUGCCAAAACAUCAUUUACCUGGGCGACCCGAGUUUAAAUAUGUUGGUAAUAUGCAUGGUAACGAGGUAUUGGGUCGAGAGUUACUGCUACAGUUGGCUGCGGUAUUAUUAAAUAACUACGGUAAAAAUAAAUAUAUCACAAAGUUGAUGGACUCCACCAGGAUUCACAUUCUACCGUCCAUGAAUCCAGAUGGCUACGAUAAGGCACAGGAGGGCGAUGAGACUGGGACUAGGGUAAGUUAGGUUAUAGAUAGUAAGAUUGGGCAUAAGCUGACAUUGUAGAAUAUAGUAAAGAUAAAUUGCAGUAACCUACAAUGUCAGAUUGAUAAAAAGUAGUUUUGAGUUUUUAUGUUGUGAUGACUUUGCUUUCACAUGACUUUAACUCUUACUCUUCAUAUGAUGAUUUCGGAUGUUAUAGUAGCUGAGUUAAUUCUAAUUUUAGGGAAGAGAAAACGCAAAUGGAGUAGAUCUGAACAGAAACUUUCCUCCACAAGACAACUACCGUGCUCACUACCACAGAAGUACGACAGUCGUUCAAAAAGAAACUCAACUGUUAAUGGACUGGACUAAAAGCAUACCUUUUGUGUUAUCAGCCAAUCUACAUUCAGGUAAAUAAUGGCAUGAAUCAUAAAGAAAAUUGUAAAAACUAUGUUAUCUUCUUCGUAUAUAAAUGUUAAGCCUUUCAAAGUUUUGAAUAUGAUUUUAGAUGAUAAGGGCUACUAAGGCUAAAAUAUUUUUUUGUCAGCAAAAAUAUAUAUUUAAUUUCAGGAACAGCCCUGGUCAACUACCCAUUCGAUGACGGUGUUGGGGACAGAUCCAAAACUAAAGACAACAACUUGUUCGUACUUAUUGCCUAUUCAUACGCUCGGGCACAUAAACGAAUGGCUAAAAAAGUAGGUUUUGAUGUUAUAGACAGGUUUUUACGUUUGGUUCAGUCAGGCACGUCGCUACAGAUUUGUUGUAAGGCGGGGGGGGGGAGAGAAAAAAAACUUUUUUUUUUAGUAUUUUCAAACAGGACUUAUUACCUUUUCAUAUAUCAAUACUAAUAUAUUAGUUAAGCCCAUAAGCCACGAUUCCAGGGUCCCCGUUGCCUACUAGACCACCUGAACGACCCACUAGACCCAGAGCUGGGCAUCGUGAAUGGAGCCAGCUGGUACGAGGUGACCGGCGGGAUGCAGGACUGGAACUACGUGUUCGGCCGCUGCUUCGAGGUGACCGUCGAAAUGAAUUGCGUCAAAUUCCCUAAGGCAAAGGAGCUGUUCAGCUUCUGGGAGGAGCACAAGUUCGCCCUCCUGCACUACAUUUCGAUCGUGCAUCAGAGUCUGCACGGCUUCGUGCAUGACGAACAGACAGGAAAGGGCGUCUCCAAUGUCACGGUGUCGGUGGGCGACGGGCCGUUGGUCGUAUCUUCUUACAAGUACGGCGAUUAUUGGCGCUUACUGCUUCCGGGCACGUACAAUGUAAGGUUGAAAUGGCAUAGUACUACUGAUUUCUUAGUUUACAUUAUAGUUAUUACAGUAUUAUAGCAAUUAGUUAGCAUAAUGCCGCUCAUACAUACUACCAUUAUGAUAUUGUUUAGGUAACAUUCGAGCACCCCAACUACUACCCCCAGCAUCAUACUGUAAUUAUUUCGGAAAAUGUCAGAAGUCUUUCAUUCAACGUCACUCUACGACCUCAUUCCUACCAUGUGAGACAUCAGAAGCUGUCCCACACGUUAAACGCUGCCACUCACAUCUACCUUAACAUUGUUCUCAUCUCAGGAGUCAUAUUGGCUCAGCUAUCACGGGUACUGUAA